AUGUCUGCUCCCGACGAAAAACAGCAAUUCCAUGACGCUCCGCCAGCAGACCCAUCGGUGGCGCCCCCUCCCGUCAGGUCCGACCUCGACGAUGAGGCGGACUCCGUCAAUGAGUACACUGGCUUUGGCGAAAACGAGGAAGGCGAGAUUAGAGAGUUGGCCAGAACCCUUACAAACAUCUCCCAGGGCAGCGGCGAGCUUGCCAGAAAAGGCUCUUCUGCCGAUUUGUUGAAAUUCCUUUCCCACAUGUCCGAGGUGCCCGGUGUUGAGCCCUUUGACCCCGAACAGAUCAACGAGCAGUUGAACCCAGACAGCGAGAACUUUAACGCUAAGUUCUGGGUCAAGAACAUGCGUAAAUUGUUCGACAGCGACCCUGAAUACUACAAACCCCUGAAGUUGGGUAUGGCCUACCGUGACUUGCGUGCGUACGGUGUGGCAGCAGACUCUGACUACCAGCCCACCGUGACCAAUGGUUUGUGGAAGAUGGCCACCGAUUUCUGGCACAACUCGCGCAAAAUGGACGAGAGCCGUUGUUUCGAUAUCUUGAAGUCCAUGGACGGUUACUACCGCCCCGGUGAAGUCACGGUCGUUUUGGGCCGUCCCGGUUCUGGUUGUUCCACUUUGCUAAAAACCAUCGCCGCUAAUACUUACGGUUUUGGAAUCGGUCAGGAGCUGAGAAUCUCUUACGACGGCAUCUCCCCAGCUGAAAUCGAAAAACACCACCGUGGUGACGUGAUUUACUCGGCUGAGACUGAUGUGCAUUUCCCUCACUUAAGUGUGGGCCACACUUUAGAGUUCGCUGCAAGAUUGAGAACCCCACAAAAUAGAGGUGAGGUUUCCAGAGAGGACCACGCCAGACAUAUGGCUUCGGUCAUGAUGGCCACCUACGGUUUGUCCCACACCAGAAACACGGCUGUCGGUAACGAUUUCGUUCGUGGUGUGUCUGGUGGUGAGCGUAAGCGUGUUUCUAUUGCCGAAGUUUCCUUGUCCGGUGCCAACAUCCAGUGUUGGGAUAACGCCACCAGAGGUUUGGAUGCUGCUACCGCUUUGGAGUUUAUUCGUGCCUUGAAGACCUCUGCUGCCAUCUUGGACGCUACUCCAUUGAUUGCUAUUUACCAGUGUUCCCAGGACGCAUAUGACUUGUUCGACAACGUUGUCGUCUUGUACGAGGGUUACCAGAUCUUCUUCGGUAAGGCCAGCGAGGCUAAGCAGUUCUUCUUGGACAUGGGUUACGACUGUCCUCAGCGUCAAACCACUGCUGACUACUUGACCUCCUUGACCAACCCAGAGGAGCGUAUCGUCAGACCAGGUUUCGAAAACAAGGUUCCUCGUACCGCCAAGGAGUUCUCCGACUACUGGCGCAGCUCUCCACAAUACAGUGCUCUCGUGGGCAAGAUCGAUCAGUAUCUCGCUGACACUGCUGAUGGCUCCCAGAAGGAGACCUACCGCGAGGCACACGUUGCCAAACAAUCCAAGCACAUUUCCCCAAGCUCCCCAUACACUGUUUCCUUCUUCAUGCAAACGAGGUACAUUGUCGGCCGAAACUUUCUCCGUAUGAAGGGAGAUCCGUCGAUUGUCAUAUUUUCGAUCUUUGGUCAGGGUGUGAUGGGUUUGAUUCUAUCGUCUGUCUUUUACAACUUACAGCCGACGACCAGCUCUUUCUAUUACCGUGGAGCUGCUAUGUUCUUCGCUGUCUUGUUUAAUGCCUUUGCCUCCUUGUUGGAGAUUAUGUCCUUGUUUGAAGCCCGUCCCAUUGUCGAAAAGCACAAGAAGUACGCCAUGUACAGACCUUCUGCUGACGCCCUUGCAUCUAUCAUCUCAGAACUCCCAGUCAAAGCUUUCAUGUCCAUCUUUUUCAACUUUUCCUUCUACUUUAUGGUUCAUUUCAGACGUGACCCUGGCAGAUUCUUCUUUUACUGGUUGUUCUGUAGUCUCUGUACCUUGUGUAUGUCGCACAUGUUCAGAUCCUUGGGUGCCGUUUCGACUUCCCUUGCUGGUGCCAUGACUCCUGCUACCUCCAUUUUGUUGGCUAUGGUUAUCUUCACUGGUUUCGUUAUCCCAAUUCCUUCGAUGUUGGGCUGGUGCAGAUGGAUUCAAUACAUUAAUCCUGUGUCCUACGUCUUCGAGUCUUUGAUGGUGAACGAAUUCUACGAUCGUGAGUUCGAGUGCUCUCAGUUUGUCCCAACAGGUGGUGAUUAUGACAGUCUUCCAUUUGUCAACCGUGUCUGCGCUACUCAAGGAGCUGAAGCUGGUAGAGCCACUGUCAGUGGUACCGAGUACUUGGCAGUUUCUUUCGAGUACCUCAACAGCCACAAGUGGAGAAAUAUGGGAAUCGUUAUUGCCUACAUUGUCGUUUUCUUGUUUGUUUACAUUGCCUUGACUGAAUUCAACAAGGGAGCUAUGCAGAAGGGUGAGAUUAUUCUUUUCUUGAAGGGCUCCUUGAAGAAGGUCAAAAAACAAAAGGAGCAGCAGAAGGCUGUUUCUAAUGAUAUCGAGAACAACUUGCCAAAUGAGAAGAUUUCUUACUCUGAUGCAAUGGAGAAGGAUGGCUCUGGUAAUUCUUCUGCUUACGACGAUAAGGUCCCAAGCCAGAAGCAAAUUUUCCACUGGAAGGAUUUGACUUACCAGGUCAAGAUCAAGUCUGAACAACGUGUUAUUUUGAACCAUGUUGAUGGUUGGGUCAAGCCUGGUCAGAUCACCGCUUUGAUGGGUGCAUCUGGUGCUGGUAAGACCACUUUGUUGAACUGUUUGUCCGAGCGUGUCACCACCGGUACAAUCACUGACGGUACUAGAAUGGUGAAUGGUCACGGCUUGGACUCUUCUUUCCAAAGAUCCAUUGGUUACGUGCAACAGCAAGAUAUUCACUUGGCUACUUCUACUGUGCGUGAGGCUUUGACAUUUUCUGCUUACUUGAGACAGCCAUCGCACGUCUCGAAAAAGGACAAGGAUGCUUAUGUUGACUACGUUAUUGACUUGUUGGAAAUGACCAACUAUUCUGAUGCUUUGGUCGGUGUUGCCGGUGAAGGUUUGAACGUCGAGCAGCGUAAGAGAUUGACCAUUGGUGUCGAGUUGGUUGCAAAGCCUAAGUUGUUGCUUUUCUUGGAUGAACCUACUUCUGGUUUGGACUCCCAAACUGCCUGGUCUAUCUGUAAGUUGAUGAGGAAGUUGGCUGAUCAUGGCCAGGCUAUUUUGUGUACCAUUCACCAGCCUUCGGCCAUUUUGCUUCAGGAGUUUGACCGUUUGUUGUUCUUGCAAAAGGGUGGUAAGACUGUUUACUUCGGUGACUUGGGCGAGAACUGUCAGGGAUUGAUUGAUUACUUUGAAAGCCACGGAGCUCAUCCUUGUCCAAAGGAUGCUAACCCUGCUGAAUGGAUGUUGGAGGUUGUCGGUGCCGCUCCCGGUUCCAAGGCAGCUCAGGACUAUUUUGAAGUCUGGAGAAACUCCCAACAUUAUCAGGAGGUCCAGAAGGAAUUGGCCUACAUGGAGAGUGAAUUGAGCAAGUUGCCUCAAGAUGAAGACCCAGAAUCUAGGAAGAAGUAUGCUGCUCCAGUUGUUUACCAGUACUUCAUUGUCACUUUGAGAACCUUCCAGCAAUACUGGAGAACCUCUGGCUACAUUUACUCCAAGUUCUUCUUGGUCAUCACCUCGUCUUUGUUCAAUGGUUUUUCUUUCUUCAAGAACAACAACUCUCAGCAGGGCUUGCAGAACCAGAUGUUUUCGAUUUUCAUGUCCUUUAUUCCAUUGCAGACCUUGAUUCAACAGAUGAUGCCAUACUAUGUUAUGCAGAGAGAAAUUUACGAGGUUAGAGAACAGCCAUCGAGAACCUUCAGUUGGUUUGCUUUCAUUGCCUCUCAGAUCACUGCAGAGGUUCCUUUCCAGGCUGUUCUUGGCACUGUCGCUUUCUUCUGUUGGUACUACCCAACUGGUAUGUACGCCAACGCUGAGACAACUGACACUGUGAAUGAGCGUGGUGCUCUUAUGUGGUUGUUGAUGUCUUCCUUCUAUGUUUAUGCUAUCACAUUGGGUCAGUUUGUGAUUUCCUUCCAGGAGAUCGCUGACAAUGCUGCUAACUUGGCUAACUUGAUGUUCAUUAUGUGUUUGAACUUCUGUGGUGUUCUUGCCGGCCCAGACGCUUUGCCUGGAUUCUGGAUUUUCAUGUACAGAUGUAACCCAUUCACAUACUUGGUUCAGGGUAUGUUGACUUCUGGUCUCGCUAACAACAAAAUCACUUGUGCCGAGAGAGAAUACAGUGUGUUCGAGCCUCCACAGGGACAAACCUGUGGUGAGUACAUGCAGCCAUACAUUGAAGCCGCCGGUGGCUAUUUGGUUGACGAGAGUGCUACUGAUCAGUGCCGUUUCUGCCUCAUGUCCUCGACUAAUACCUUCUUGGAGUCCGUUGAGGCGCGUUACUCUGAGAGAUGGAGAAACUUUGGUAUUUUCAUUGCUUUCAUUGCCAUCAACAUGCUUGCUACUAUCUUCUUCUACUGGCUUGCGAGGGUUCCAAAGUCUUCCAAGUCCAAGAAGCACUGA